GUCGGACCCCUGUUGAUGACGCAAACCUUUCGCGACUCGUCACACGUGACAAAGUGGAGGCCAGCGCUCUCUUUCCGUUCGAUGGUUGCUUUCCAGAAGUGUUUGUUUUUUGUAUAUCUUGUGACAGUGUGGACUGCGGUCACAGUUUGAAUCCAACAUGACUUCUUCAACAUUGCCGCAGAAGCGUUACUACAGACAGCGAGCCCAUUCAAACCCGAUGGCGCACCACACGUUUGAUUAUCCAGUGUGUCCUGAAGAAAUGGACUGGUCCAAAUUUUAUCCCAAGCUCACACCUGGCCCUUCAUCAGGGAUGGAGGGAUCUCGAGUUGAGUUUGCAGACAUUGGAUGUGGAUACGGAGGCCUUUUAGUGGAGUUAUCUCCACUUUUCCCAGAUAAACUCAUAUUGGGCUUGGAAAUCCGAGUGAAAGUGUCAGAUUACGUUCAGGACCGCAUUAGGUCACUGCGUGACUUAAACCCGGGAAGCUACCAGAACAUCGCUUGCCUUCGCAGCAAUGCAAUGAAGUACCUCCCCAACUUCUUCUUCAAAGGACAGCUCAGUAAGAUGUUCUUCCUGUUCCCUGACCCUCAUUUCAAGAAGACCAAACACAAAUGGAGGAUCGUUAGUUCCACUUUGUUAGCGGAAUAUGCCUACACUCUGAGAGUCGGGGGUUUGGUGUAUACCAUAACGGAUGUGGAGGAGGUCCACCUCUGGAUGGUGAAGCACUUCAGCGAACAUCCACUGUUUGCACGUGUCCCAGAUGAAGAGCUGGUUGAUGAUAUCAUUGUAGGCCGUCUGAGUUCUUGCACAGAGGAAGGAAAGAAGGUGCAGAGGAACGGCGGGAAGACUUACCUCGCAGUUUUCCGGAGGAUUGAGGAUUCGCUUUGAAAUCAGACACUUUGGACUUUAAUAAAAUAGUUUAAUGUAUUUUGUACAUGGACAAUAAUACUCCUCAUUCUGUCUGGAGACUUAUCCUGUUCAAACUCCAGGUGAAAAUAAUGGUUCAAACUAUUAUUAGAAACAGGAGUUUGGUUUGUUUUUUGCUUUUUUCAUUUUAUAUGCAUUUCACUCACCAGCUCACAUGAUACUGCUCUUAUUGGGUUCUCUUUUUAAUUUUAGAUGAGUUUUGGGUGAGUAAACAAUGCAGUUGUUAUAAGACAAGAUCUCAGUGUUUCCUUUAGGUUUUGAAGCUGUUUGAAAUGACAGUAAUAGUCUUCCUGAUGUUCAGUGGAGCUCAGGCGACUGAUUGUACUGUUUUUUCUGCAACUUGUUUAUUUUGGAUUGUCGUCUGGCUGCAUGAUUAGAGAGCUGAGAGAAAGCACCUUCUGUAAGGCUAAAAGUGAUGAACAAUUAUCCUUAUCUAACAGCCCAUCUUUGUGAAGUUCAAAUCAAAGUAGUGUGCAGCAGGAACAGUAGCGUUCAGUGUUCAUUGUUUGAUUGUUAGCUGAAUAUCACAGGUCGGUAUUUGGCUCUGUCAGGACUCUGGAAACGGGACAGCGCAGGUCUGAAAACGCUUUCUGCUGCUUCAGGCUGCGGUGAGAUUAUCAACAGGACAGCACAUGCUGUCAUGUUCAUAACCCAAACACGGAAAAAAUUAGAGAUACUGAACUGUAAUGACUGGAAAUCAUUUCUUGUCCAUUUUAUUAGUUUUAUUUUUUAUUUUGCAUACUUUUUAUAUUCUUAUGAAUGUCCUACAUUUUCGGCUGUGUCAGUUGUUCACAUUUUUCACAGCCAGGUCAUUUUUAAACUUAAACUUUCACUGCAGCAGAAUAUCUUCUUAUAACCUACAAACAGAAAUGCAUCAAACAAGACACCUCAAUGUGAGGAGCAGCAAUGUUUUUGUAGCGACUCCUGGGAAGACCUAACCCAAAGAGAAGUUGGGGAACCAACACUUCCUGCUGCUCCAGCUGUUGUUUUGUUCCCAGGUGACAGCAAGAUUUUUCACAUUUGAAGGUGCACUCUACACACCGAGCAACAAAAGAGAGAAACUGCUGAGGAACGGCCCCAACAAAGAGCCUGAGGUGCUGACCUGUCCUCUAAAUUCCCCAGAUUUCAGUCCCAGUGAAGCAUCUCCAGGAUGGGCUGUAACACGCCCCGAUCCACAGGAAUCCCACCAGUCAUCCCACAGUACCCAGUGUUUCAGUGACAGAUCUUGGGUGAAACCACAGAUUUCUACCCUUGUUGUGGGUUGGAGCUGUUUGAGUAGCAUGACGAGGUCUGAGAAUACAACCCAGCUCUGUCUGAUGCUCUUGGCUUAGGUUACACUCGAAGAUACAGUCUUAUUGGUUAUCUGAAUAUAUUCCAGCCUUGUACAGUUAUUGUAUGAAGAAACUACCCUCUUUUAAUUCUAGGGUUUUACAUGCAAAGACAAAAAUUAUCGGGUUUUUGCCAGGUUCAAAAUUAUAUAACCUCAUUGACACACAAACAUGGCCAACAACAGAUUUCACACUAAUAAUGCAGUAAUAAUGAAACCAACAUAGAAAAGCUGUGUGUUGAAAAACAAGGUACUUCCCAUUGUAGACUACACAUUUAGCAGCAAUAAAGCUUGAAGGAGUAGUUUUCUCUGGGAUUUUGUCUCAAAUUGUAUUGCAGGAAUUUUGGCCACAAUUUCUUAAUGCAAAGGUGGCCUCAAAUAUCCCCCUAGAGUACUUUGGUACACAAACAAGUUCAUGAUCUUGUCAUUCAUUGCAAGGUUCCCAGGUCCAGUUGUGGUUUUCUCCAAAAAUCGUCGCUUUGGACUCAUAAGCCUAAAGAACAUUGUUCCAGAGGUCUUGUAAUUAAUUCAGAUGCUACUUAUCCUGCUAAAUGAGGCCUGAAUACUCUCAGAUGAGGCUUUUAGAGUUUUGUGCCGUUUCCGUGUGCAUUGCCUGGUAUGACCUAAGUGAUGAAUUUGCUGGAUCAUCCACUCCUGGGGACAUUGGCAACCGUCUUUACAUGUUUUGUACUUGUGAAUAAUUUAUGUCAAUGUAGAAUGGCAGACCUUACAUUGUUUGUAAUGAAUACCCUUUUAGCCUUUCCCAGAAUGAUGGGCAGAGAUGUUCUAGUCUCCGAGUUCAUUGCUGAUAUCUUUCCACCCUGGUGGUCACCUGCAGAGGUUCACUCAACCAAGUGCAUUAUUAGUAACACCUGGCUGCUACUUCCCUUUUAAUUCCUUUAAAAUCAGCAAGGAGUAUUUAUUUUCAGACACAGCUCUGUUUUGUUUUUAUACUCUAAGUGACAGUUGAAUCUGUUGUGUAUCUUUGUACACUUCAUGUUAAACUUGAAUAAACUUGGAUACUGGUGA